AUGGGAUUUAAUUCUUUUCCCAAUGAGAUCACGUGCAUAAAAAUAAAAUAUGGGAUUUCAGUGCGGAGAACUUCGUUCGGUGGUCAUGAGGCACUCGCUUUCCGAUCCGGCGUAGGAAGCGGUUUCCCGGCGAGACGGCCAGAUUUUUGGCGACCGGCCAAUGGACGCGGCCGGCAGUCGAGAUUCAAUCGAUGGUCAAAUAAUCAUUGA